AUGCGCGCCCCGGUGCCUCGCUGGCUGCGGCGCUGCUGGCGCGGAGCCUGCGCGGGCGGAGGCGGCUCCGGGCCCGCGGCGGCAGCGCCGGUGCCCUGCAGCUACCGCAUCCCCCCAAUAGCGGCGAGCGGAGCCCCCCGCCCCGCCCGGGCCGCGGGCAGGGGGCGGCGCCCGGCGGGGACCCCCCUCCGGCAGCUCCGGGCCCCCUCCCGCAGCUCCAGCCCCGGACUCCUUCUCCUUCCUCCACCCGCUCCUUGUGAGGGGACGCGGCUUCCAGCCCGCCGCCCGCCCGCUCAAAGCGCCCCGGCCCCCGGCAGCACCUCUGAGCACGGCCCGGCUGCCGGAGCUCCCUCGGGCCCGUCCCUCCCGCGGCAGGCGGCUGAGGAAGCCCUUCCAGCGCUGGGGUGGCCGUGCCGGCCGUCACUGCCGGCUCCGGGCCCGGGGGGCUGCAGCCGACAGCCGCCCGUGGCAAACGGGACACCUGAGCCCCCGGGCGGGCCGGGCAGCAGCAUCCCCGGCCAGCUGCCAUCAGGCAACAGGGACAGCGGGGGCUGCUCCCUCACAUCCAGCCAAGGCACCGACAGGCGUUCUGGGCCCAGUGGGAUGUGGCAUCGCCCUUCCUCGCCAUGCUGCCUUCUCUUCCUUGGGAUUCUGCCUGGCUAUCCCACAAGAGGUUCGUUCCUGGCUGCUGCCUCCCCCGUGCAGAAAGGUGUCUGUUCCUGA